AUGGCAACUCUCACAGAACACCCCAUGCAGCCAGCAUCCUACGAGCAAGAUCUGGACUCAUUUAUCAACUUUGAGCAACUUACAUACACAUCCGACCCGGCCCGCUCCAAGAUCGCCAUGACCAGCCAACCCUCGGUCGCAAGCACAGAGUUCAGCACCAGCGACUCCCGCAGUGCCAGUUUCGCUUCGAGCGGCCAGUCUCCCCUCGCUUUCCAGGGUCCUAGUCACCAAUACGAUGAGCACAGACAACAGACCGGCUUGCCCCCCGGCGCUUUGUCUAUGACCUACAACCAAGUUCCAAUGGGCUUCACCAACAGCCAAGGAUUCCCCGUCAACACCGACAUGUAUGCUGGUCAUCACAUGAAGCGCGAGGAAGGCCCAUUCGAUUUCAAUGCUGCACCAGCCAGAAACCCUUCAGAGAUGGACAUCGAGUCUGACAGCAUGAACGCCUCGCCAUACUUCUACCCGGCCAAUCCUGCCAAGGGACAAUAUGUCGACCCCAACGCCCUCGGAGGCCAUGAACUGGCCCAGGCUGGCCCCUCUACACAGGUCGGUCGCAUGUACCCUGGUAUGCAUCAGCAGCAGGCUGCGAUGGCCAAGGCCCAGCAACAAAAGCAGACCGAUAUGGCCCGUUCUCAGGUCCAGCCACGUGCCGAGCAAGCACCUGUCUUACCCCAGGCUCGUGGUCCCCGCAACCCCGACCCCGUCGUCGAGGAGCGUAUCUCUCGUCUGCUUCAACAGAUGCGACAGAACGCCAUGGCCAACGGCGAGGGCUCCCCCACCCCAUCCAACGGCAUGCCGCAGAUGGCCAAGUCCCGCAAGGAUGAAGCCGACAUGGAUGAGGAUGAGCGUCUCCUUGCCAGCGAGGAGGGCAAGAAGCUCAGCAGCAAGGAACGUCGUCAGUUGCGCAACAAGGUCUCCGCCCGCGCCUUCCGAUCUCGCCGCAAGGAAUACAUCGGCCAGCUCGAAAGCGAAGUGGCUGCCCGCACCAACGAGGCCCAUGAGGUUCGCCUUCAGAACCGCGCUCUCUACGAGGAGAACGCCCGCCUCAACGACUUGGCCCGCAUGCUUCUUGGAUCUCCCCACUUCUCCAACUUCCUCAACGAGAUGGAGGGUCCCCAGCAACAGCAGCAGCAGCCCCAACAACCUCAGCAGCAAGCCCAGCAGCCCACACCUCAGCCCAGCAUGCAAGCCAUGCCCAAGGAAAACACCAACCGUGGCCAGGAAUUCCAAAUGCAACAGAAUGCCCAGCCUAACAUGGUCAUGAUGCCUAACCAGGGCAUGGAUCCCAACAUGGCCAUGAACACUGCUGGCUGGAACACCGGUAUUGACAUGAACUUCGGCAACACCCCCGUCUUCGCUGUCAUGGAGGUUCCCGAGGGCCCUGCUCUUGAUGCUGAGAUGCUGUCCGGAAAGUCAUCUUCCUUCAAUGUCCCCGAGAGCUCCAAGAACGAUGCUCCCAUCAUUGAGGCCCCUACCAGUGGCUCAUCAAGCCAGUCUGACAUCGGCGUCUCUAACCCCGACGUCGAGAUUGAUGAGUCUGACCCCGCCUUUGCUUUGUUCGUUGACACUCCCGCCUCCGCCUCCAACGCCGAGUCUACCUUCGAGGGUAUUCCCAGCGAGAAGCCCUCUGAAUUUGAGCUCGUUCUCGACACUUCUGAUGUCAGCGACUCAGCCAAGAGGAAUUUCAACGCCCUUUGCCACAGCAUUGACGCUGCUUUCGAGCGUCUCUACGUUGGUUCGAACACCCGGGCUUCGAAUUCCUACAAGUUUCUCCCCCCGAAAACUAUCACUCCACCCAAGUUGGCUUCCCUUCGCGCGCGCGGUUUGUUGUUAGCCGCGCCCAAUCGCGCAGUCACCGGCGUAUUCCUCCACCCGAUCUCGAGAUCGACCUUCCUGCGAACUUACAAUACAAGCCGUGGAGCGAGAAAGCCCUCUUACCCCCCAAGAUCGAUACCGAGACGCGAAAGUCGAUAUCAACCAACCCUGAACCCAAGUCGGGACCUCCCGCUUCGAGCCAGACAGCCUGGAGUCGAUCCAAAGGCAUAUAUCAUCUCAACUGCCCCGCUCGAACGCUACUAUCAGCCGUGGGACGAUUACUUGAUUUGCGAACCAUCCAAGUUCGAAGUUUUCUCAACGCCUCCCAAGUCCGGUAUCAAUCCAAUGAAGUUCUUCUACCAGACCAUCACUACCCCGACGGCCGACACGCCCGGCACGGCCAUCGCCCUCAACUUCCCGGACAAGCGAUACAUUUUCGGUCAGUUAUCGGAAGGCACACAGCGUGCGUGCACGGAGCGUGGAGUCAAGCUUGCUCUCCUCUCUGAUGUCUUCGUCACUGGCCGGGCGGAAUGGUCCAACACGGGAGGAUUGAUCGGGAUGAUCUUGACUCUGGCCGACACAGUGACUUCAUCCCUGGCCGCCGCGGAAGAUGAACGACAGAAGAAGGCAGCUCGCAAGGCCGCGAGAGGGGAUACCCAAAAUUCCAAAGCUCAAAAACAUGGAUCAUCCUAUAUCGAACGGGACGGUGAAAGCGUCCUCCAGAAAGGUAACCUCACAGUUCAUGGUCCUACAAAUCUUACUCACACAUUGGCUACGGCUCGUCGUUUUGUGUUCCGUAAGGGAAUGCCUGUGUAUCUGAAAGAGUAUGAUUCUGAAACGAUGGACAAGAAAAUGCCCUUUGGCGUCGUAGAUCCAUUCGAGACGCCUUCAUGGACCGACUCGAACAUCAAGGUCUGGGCACUUCCAAUCAGCCCCGCCGCUGAUAAAAAGACUAGCGCAAAGGCGCGGCGGUCCCAGAGCCCUCGGAAGCGAAGCCUGGAUGAGUUCCAGGAAACUGAAAGCGAUGGAUUCUUGGACCAGCGCACCAAGGACCGAAUGACCACGCAGUCCAUUGUGCAGGAUAUGUUUAACUCGACCUGGAAGAUGGAUGCGUUGCACGAAACUCCACUGGCUGAGGUUCACAUGCCUGCGGCUAUCUUUGUUCGAAACCCAGAGACCAAGGAUCUCGAGCCAUAUAAGGGACCCGUCCCGGGUGGCAAUGAGCCACUUCCUGAUAUUACGGUGCUUGUGCGGAAACCCUGGCCUGGCGCUACUGUCGAGAGCCUCCCUCCCACGACUCCAUCAAAGGAAGCAAUUUCCUAUAUUGUACGGAACCAUGAUAUCCGCGGAAAGUUCGACCCGAAGAAGGCCCAGGAGCACAAUGUUGAGAAGGGGUUCAAGUUCGCUAGACUUACGAAGGGCGAGAGCGUCGAAUCCCUGGAUGGCAAGAUCGUCACCCCCGAAAUGGUUCUAGGUGCUCCUCGACUGGGCAAAGGUGUCGCCAUUAUGGAUGUGCCUUCGCCCGAAUACGUUGAAGACUUGGUCAAUCGGGCUGAAUGGAACUCUCCCACCGUGAUGGCCGGACUGCAAGCUUUCAUUUGGAUUCUUGGUUCUGGCGUUGCUGAACACCCCGAGUUCCAAGCAUUCGUCGCGAAGAUGUCACACUGCACGCACACGGUAUCCGGUACGGACCAAUGCCCGAACUAUUUGGCACUGACAAGCUGUGCCAGCUCUGCUGUUCAACUUGCGAGACUGCAACCUAAAAGUUAUGGAGUUCCCGUACAUGACAACACCACUCUACCCCAACAUGGUUCUUCAAAUGCAGGCUCCGAGUCUGCCGUUGCAGCCCUUCAAAACUCCCCGCUCAUUCCUCUCAGCCCCGGGCAUAUCCUUGACAUUGAGCCCAACUUCGGGUUGAAUGACGAAGAGGUCAUGACCCGCUUUAAUCCCCAUACCACCGUAACUCAGAUCCCACGCUCGGUCCAGCAGCGCUUGCAUGUCAUCAACCAGCGCGUGGCCAAGCCUGCUUUCCAGAAGAAACUUCAGGCGCAACGGGCAGAAUGGCCCGGAACGGAUGCAGAGAUCAUUGCGUUGGGUACUGGUUCUUCUGUCCCUUCAAAGUACCGCAAUGUAUCUGCAACAUUGAUAAAUGUUCCUGGAUAUGGUUACUAUCUGCUUGAUUGUGGAGAGAACACACUCGGUCAGAUGAAGCGAGUAUUCGAGCCUGAGGAGCUCCGCAAAGUUCUACAAAAUUUGCGCAUGAUUUGGAUCAGUCAUCUACACGCUGAUCAUCACCUUGGUACUGCCACUGUGAUCAAGGCCUGGUAUAAGGAGAACUACAAGGGAGGAGCCAGCACCACAUCUUCCGAAGAACCCAUCACAAAAAUUCUAGAACAAAAGCGGUUGGCCAUCGUGUCCGAUGAGGCAAUGCUGUCCUGGCUGGAGGAAUACUCGCAAGUCGAGGACUUUGGAUUCAACAAGCUUCUUACAAUGACUGUACACCUCGAUACGGAAAAACUCACGACCCAUUUCUCACAUCGCCUACCAUCUGGUCGUCGUGCCCAGCUCUCCUUCAAUGACCACUCGUCUCCCCUGACUCCCCUCCUCAAGGCUGCCACCGGUCUAGAGGACAUCCUCACCUGCCGCGUGAAGCAUUGCAAGGGCGCCCUGGCAGUAUCCCUCGUCUUCCCCAAUGGGUUUAAGGUCUCCUACUCCGGUGACUGUAGACCCUCCGAAAAGUUCGCGUUCAUUGGUAAGGACUCGACAGUCCUAAUCCACGAAGCCACUUUCGGACACGACAUGGUGGGAAGCGCAAUCGCCAAACGCCACUCCACAUCUGCCGAAGCAGUCGAAGUCGGCCGACGCAUGCGAGCCCGCGCCAUCCUCCUCACCCAUUUCAGCCAACGUUACCAAAAGGUCGCGUACUCAGACAACCGCAGCUCUGACAAGCCGAACCCCCGCGAUGCUGCGGCAAAGGAACCCGUCGAUGCAGACAUUCCGUUCGAUGACCCACAAGACGAGUCCACUGAUAACCAUAACCAACUAUCGGAUGAUAUCGCCUUUUCGAAGAAUAAGUCCCAAACGGGGCCUUUCACUGGCCCGAUCGUUGGGGCGAUGGAUUACAUGCGCGUCAAGGUCGGCGACUUCUCCCUUGCGCAGGCGUAUGCUCCUACAAUGGAAAAGCUAGUUGACCUUUCGGAGCGCGCUGCGCAGGAAGCGACCGAGCGGGCGAAGCAGGUUAUUCGUGAGCAGGAAGAGGCUAAGAAAGCGAAGAACAACAAGAAGUUCGCUAAGCAUGCUGCUGCUGCGGCCGCCGCGGCGGCCGUAGUGGUUGAGGUGCAGCCUGAGACUCAGCCUGAGCCUCAGAAGCCUUCCAGGUCUCUCUGGAGUGCCAGUGAAAGUGAAAGUGGGUGGGAGACCAGUGAUGCUGAGCUGUGA